AUGAGGGUCCGGAAGAAACCGGACCUCCGGAUAAAAAUCCCUUCGUAUCCACACGACUACGUGGAAAUGCCCGUGGAGACGAAGCGCCUGAUCCUGGAGGCGAAUCGAUCGGCGAACGAUCUUCAGUAUAUAGAUGGGGACGACGCUCAGACCUCGGCUGUUGGUUUUGUGGUAGGCAGCCCCUUAAGCGAUAAGGAAACUGCGGAGAUCCGCUCCAGCACACCAGAGGUCAAGUUCGUGGAACCUUUCGACGGUAGGGAUGGUGACGCGAACAACUCGAAUGGCGAGAAGACAAUUGGCGGUGACAGCCCUGUCGUUUAUCGGAGUCAGCUAAAGGGGGCGUCGAUUUCGCCGCCGGAAGUAAUGCAGACUGAUGUGGGAGACGCUUUAGGGAAGAAAGAAGGUAGUAAUGUAAGUUCAGUCGAUUGCCUUUUGCAAAAUUCUUUUCUAAUA